UUCACAUAUCCUUCACUUUUCAAACACUUUUGCUUGAAUUUCAUUGUAAAUACGUGUAAAUAUCCAAAUUCAUCCAUACAUUCCACUUCUACCUAUACCCACAUCUAGUUAACAACAUGGGUGUGGCCUCGUCCAAGAUCAUGGAUUCCCUCAUGGAGGGCACCAACUUCGACAGAGAAGAAAUCGACCGUUUGAGAAAACGAUUCAUGAAGCUCGACAAAGACGGCUCGGGAACCAUAGACAAAAACGAGUUCUUAUCUAUACCGGGGAUUUCGUCCAAUCCCUUAGCCACAAGAUUGAUGGAUGUGUUUGAUGAGGAUGGAGAUGGCACCAUUGAUUUCCAGGAGUUCAUCACUGGGUUGUCUGCCUUCAGCGGAAAGACAUCUAAGGUCGACAAGUUGAAGUUUGCAUUCAAGAUAUACGACAUUGAUAGAGACGGGUUCAUUGGCAAUGGAGAGUUAUUCAUUGUCAUGAAGAUGAUGGUGGGGAAGAACUUGCAAGAAGGCGAAUUGCAACAGAUAGUCGACAAGACCAUGAUGGAGGCCGAUAAAGACGGUGAUGGCAAGUUGAGUUUCGAAGAGUUCAAGAAUGCCGUGGAUUCCAAGUCUGUUUCCACCUCGUUGACGCUUAAUCUCUUUUAGAACGACUAAUGAACAUAUAUGCUAAUAUUUUGCUAAUAGUAUGAACAUCCCAACAC